AUGUUGUAUGGAUAUCCCCCAUUUUGUGCCAAGUCACGUCACACAACUCGUCUAAAGAUUAUUGAUUGGCAAAGCCAUUUAAGAUUUCCUCCUUUACCUUAUGUUUCUUGUGAAGUUUGUGAAAAAGAAAAUCGUCUUGGUUCAGGUUCAUCAAAAUCUACAAUUCGACCAAAUGAACUUUAUCUUGCAAAUAGAAAAUCAGUUGCAAUUGGUUUAGGAGAUGCAUCAGAUAUUAAAUCACAUCCUUGGUUUAAAGGUAUUGAUUGGGAUAAUAUUUAUAAGAUGACUCCACCAUUUAUACCGCGAUUAAAAGAUGAAAUAGAUACUAGAUAUUUUGAUGAGAAUAUUGAUGAUAAUCCGUUAGCACCUCCUGAAGGUGAGAGAAAACCAAGGGAUCCUAUGUUGAGAGAUAAACGACAUGGUAAAGAUAUAUUAAAUAUGCGAAAAGCAUUGGCAUUUGUUGGAUAUACGUAUAAAGGAUUACCUACUGAACAACAAAGAGGUGGAAUGGCUGAACGUGUAGCAGGAAGAUCUAAUAGUAUUGGUGGAAGUUUAAGAAUUCGAUCAAUGAGUUUGUGA